GGUUGAUGAUUGGGCUUUUGCGUAACAGUCAGUCCUGUGAGAUUAACAUCAAGACCGGAAGUUGUUGUUUAAUGUGUAUGACUUCACGCCUUUGUCUUCUUCCUUCCAUUGUUCAAAACUUCAAAUCCCGGACCGUAGAAAAGCUAAAUAUAUCCAGAAGAGAAGAGAAGAGAAGAGAAGAAAUGAAGGCAGCUGGGCUCAUCUCCUUCACCGCAACUACUAUCGCUAUUCCCCACGCCUCGCAUUCACUAUCAUCUAAUUCGCUCUCCCCUCAUCACUUCUCCAGGCUUGUUAAGACUUCUAAUGUUCUGCCUCUGAAAUCAUACACCAAUUACUGGAUUUGUGCACCCUAUGGGUUCAAAGAGAGAGGUGUGUUGAUUGCCAAUGCAGCUUCUGAUGCUGCUGAUGGCAUGGACACUGACAAUCCCGAGCCUCCCUCAGAAGGCGAAGAGGAAAGUUUGCCCUUUGAGAAUGAUACAUUGGAGCCCAAGCUUCAACUGAAGCUUGAGCAGAAGAUGAGGAUGAAGGUGGCAAAGAAAAUUAGCCUGAGAAGGAAGAAGCUCGAUAGGAAGCGCCGCUUAAGGAAGAAGGGGAGAUGGCCUCCUUCAAAGUUGAAGAAGAACAAGAAUGUGUAGCUUGUUAUAACAUUUCAUGCCUGAAUGUUUAACUCCCUUGUAGCCCUUGUGAUCUUAAAAUCUUUUCUUGAGCCUAUUGUAUAUUCAAAAGCUAGGAAACUUCUUAACAAUUUCUUCUUGAGGCUGUGAAUUGGGUAAAGCUACACAAGAGAAAUAAAUUGUACUAGAAAGUGACAAGACUCGAACUUAUGGCUUUCAAGUAAGAGAAUCAUGCCUUCGGGUUUCGAUCACA